AUGGAUAAAAAUAAUGUGUACAUUGUGGGUGUCAGUGAAGUUCGAUGGAGGGAUCAAGGUGAUUUCGAGUCUGGAAACUAUCAUAUGUACUACUCGGGAGGUGAGAGUGCUGAAAGAAAUGUUGCAAUAGUGAUGCAGAAAUGGAUCAAGAAAAGUGUAAUCAAAGUGCAAGCGUGUAGUGACAGAUUGAUGUAUAUCAAGUUGAAUGCAGAACCAGUGGAUAUUCUAAUAAUUCAGGUGUACAUGCCAACAUCGGAUCAUGACGAUGAAGAAGUGGAAAUAAUAUAUGAGAAGAUAGAAGAAAUCAUCAGGACAGAAGGAAGAGAGAAAGUGCAAACCAUAAUAAUGGGAGACUGGAACAGUGUCGUGGGGAAAGGAGCAGAAAACAACAUUGUCGGCCCUCAUGGACUGGGAAUAAGGAAUAGGAGAGGGGACAUGAUGGUUGACUUCUGCCGAAGAAAUGGACUGGUUCAAGAAGCAUCACAGGAGAUUUUGGCAACAGCAAGAUUUCAACAUGCACCAGGCUUACCACCAGCAGAAAAUACCAGUGCAGCGAAAGAAACAUUGUCAACAGAAGAGGAGAGGAAAGGAAAGGAAAACAUGGCAAACAAACACCAAAGUGUCAUCUUGCUGUUGUGCGGAAUCAGAGAGUCCCUAGACCGCCAAACACAUUCAUGGUUUUCUCAAACGAAUGGAAACCAACAAAAAGAUCAGUAUGAGUUUUCUGAAGGUCGAGGGGCCGAGCUACCCUCAUAUAGUAGCGACCAGACAUCCCAGACCGGAAAGAACGAAGCAAUAGGUAUAGAAUGGGAGGAAGAAAGCGACUGUGAGCAGCUAGACGGGCAUCAGCCCACGUUAAAUGAGACAGGUCUAGAAGUCUUAGCUCCGAGUACAUCAAGUAAUGUAAGGAAAUCGUCGCAGGACCCAUUGCUGACAAUAUUACAGUUGCUACAGGCAAACAAACAAGAAAACGUUAAGUUAGCAGAACAACUGACACCCACUAUUCGGGAAGUUAAGCAAGAUUUUAGGAACGCCACGCAGAAAUUAUCUGAUAAAUUUGAAGGUAAAAUGCAGAAGGAUAGCAAAGAUCUAAACAACAGAAGUGGCAAAUUGGAGAAAACAGUGGCGAAUAAGACUAAGAAGUUAUCAGAGGAUAUUGUCACAGUGCAACACGAUUUAAACGGGAGCGUAGAGAAUGUUCCACAGGAGGUGAACCAGUUUAGACAAGAGGUUACUGAAGAAAGACAUUCAUUGAAGGAAAAUACAGGUGAAAAAAUGAACAGGCUUAACAGUAGGUUAGAAGGACUAGAGAGAGCCACUGAGAAUAAAGUAGCAAAUUUAAAUGUCCAGCAAAUGACUCCAGGUUACAACCCUCCAGCAUCCAACGAAGCGGUGGAUAAUUCAAGCUUAAGGCAUGAAAACCAAAGAAGUAUCGAGGAACUGCAUGUAGCAUGUGAAUCGAGUGUGCCUUGUGUGAAUGCAUCCUAUGUACGUGAGUCAGCCUGCUCGAACAUAAAUUUUGGCACAUCACCUGCCAUUUCGGAUCAUGCCAGUACUGUUGGGUACCUGGCAGAUCUUCAUCCUUGCUUUUGG